AUGUUCAAGAUCGGUUCAAUAUUAAACUGUCCUGAACCUGAACUUGACCAAAGUUCAGUUCAGAAGAAGCAUAAGAUCCGAAAAGAGCAGAAGAAGCAGAAACAAAGAAGCAAAAAGGCAGCAGUAGCAAAAGCAGAAGUAUUAAAGUAG